AUGCAUUUCUUAUUCCCAGCAUUCCUCCUUCCGCUGGCAUUCGCUGCCAAGCUCGCCCCUCCACAAGCACCAGAGCUCGCCACGCGGGGCUCGACAACGAGCGACCCCAAAGUUCUUGCUGUGCUUUUUCCACCCGCUGUCGAGGAUUUGACCAAAAAGAUACUACUUCAAAUGCUCUUCGACAUAGAUAGGGUGA